AAUGCUUCUUCUCUGCUUACGCCAAUAUAAAUACUUCACAAUACUUAUGAUGGUUUUCUUUCCUAAUUUAUCGAAUCCAAAAUCUGUUACUUUUUUAUUCCAUAAAUAAUAACAACGAAAAAUAAAAAGGGUUAUUGGGGAUUUUCAGAUGAGGGCGAAAUUCUAAAUGGAUAUUGAUUUCGACAAUUGCAAUGACCUCUGAAUCUGUAUUUUCAUGGCAAACAGUUGAUUGUUGGUGAUUAAUUGUGUUAAAUAUUCAUCCCGCUUUAGCUUCAUUGAAAUUUGAAAGGAUGUCAUUCAAAAAGCGGGAAGGUACAAUAGAGAAAGCUUUGACACCGGAAGAGCAGCUGCUCAAGAUUUAUGAAGUCAGACAUAUGAUAGGUCCUAUUGCUGAUAAGCUACCAGCCAUUUGUUCAGAAGAAUCAAUAGCAAGGUACCUAAGAGCACGGAACUGGAAUACGAAGAAGGCAGGUAAGAUGUUGAAAGAAACAAUAAAAUGGAGGAUGGAGUACAAGCCAGAGAAGAUCCGAUGGGAAAACAUUGCUCCUGAGGCGGAGACAGGAAAAAUUUACAGAGCCAAUUACUUUGACAAGUGUGGAAGGGCCAUUCUUAUCAUGAGGCCUGGUUUUCAGAACACAAAUGCAGUAAAUGGGCAGAUCAUGUAUUUAGUAUAUUGCAUGGAGAAUGCAAUACUGAAUUUGAAUUCAGAUCAAGAACAGAUGGUUUGGCUAAUUGAUUUUCAAAGGUGGAACUCAUCAAGCAUAUCAUUGAAGGUGACUAGGGAAACAGCUAAGGUCCUGCAGAAUCAUUACCCUGAGAGAUUGGGCCUUGGUAUCCUCUAUAAUCCACCAAAAAUAUUCGAGUCCUUUUGGACGAUGGUAAAACCAUUUCUUGAGCCCAAAACAUACAAGAAGAUGAAGUUUGUGUACUCUGACAACCCACAGAGCCAGAAGAUAAUGGAGGAUCUUUUCCAUAUGGAUAAGUUGGAAUCUGCAUUUGGUGGAAAAAAUUCAUGUGGUUUUGAUUAUCAAGCUUAUGCGCAAAGAAUGAGAGAAGAUGACAAGAAGAUGUCUAGUUUUAUUGACUCCGGUUGUUCGCCUUCAGUUAUAUCUGAGUUGCAGCAGUCAGAUGCACUGGCUUCUGGCCAUUGUUCUGAGGUCUCUGAUGAAGGUGGCUGCUCAUCAUGUGAUGAAGCAGCUUCUUCGAACUUGGACGUUGUUGAUGAGAAGAUACAAGGCAAACCACUUGACAGCAAAGAUGUUGCAAAUGGCAACACAACAUUACCUAAAGAAAUGCAAAUGAGUGAGCCUGCAUGAGCACUAGAUUUUAGGAUCUGGUUUAUGAUUUUGGUCUCACAAAUUCUUAGCUUACAUGAUUUCACCUUAAUGCAAUGAAGCAUUAGCAGAAAUUUUCGGCUUCUUUUACCCUGUUGGUUUCAAAGUGAAUACCACCUUCAAGUAAUGCACCAUUUAAGAUAGAUAUAUAUAUAUAUAUCAUUUUUAUUGUACAGACAUAAGCAGUUUGUGAAUUCUAGAAAGCUUUUCCCAGUGUUUGAUAUUUGUGGUUCUACUUCUUGUUUCCCGACCUGUUUUCAAUGUUAAAUAUGUCUGGGGAAAUUAGAGUUUUGGGAAUGUGAUACCCCUGAAUCUCGUGUCGGAAAAUACGCUGGGAA